UGCCUUCACAUGCAAACGCAGAAAUCUCCGGAGUCCUCUUCGGGAGUUACAAGAGCUCGUCUCAUCUGGUGUGGCUAGAGACUCCCCGUAUCUUUCCUUGGUUUCCAAACCAAACCGCUUUUGAGGUUCAGCUCGAAACUGCAGUGAUUUCAUUGUCGUGAAGGAUUGUCUUUUACAAGCUCAGGCAUGGAGGCUGACCUGCUAAUCUCACCGACCGUGAAAUACCACGCUUCAGAGGACUGUGAGACCACUAGCCGGGGCCUCUAUAGCUUCUACGCAGCUGUGAUGAUCAUCAUCUUCCUGCUGGCUAUCCCACUGAACAUCUCAAUCCUCCACCUCUUCAUCGUCAAGCUCAAGUUCUGGAAAACCAACACCAACAAUGUGUUUCUGUUUAACCUGGUCCUGGCCGACAUCCUGCUGUUGUUCUGCCUGCCUGUGAAGGCCUACAACUUCAUCCACGGUGAGAGACGCAGUGAGAACGACGUGGUCUGCAAAGCCAUGCUCUUCAUGCUCUUCCUCAACCGAGGAGCCAGCAUCGCCUUCCUCACCGUCACCUCCAUCGACCGCUACUUCAACGUGGUGCAUCCUGGGAGGAAGAACCUCCUGAAAGCCCUGAAGAGGUCUCCUCACAUCUCCAUCCUGAUCUGGCUCCUGCUGCUCCCUCUGACCAUCCCCACCAUGCUGAAGACCUUCGAGUGCUGCAACAGCCACAAGAGCUACGACGCCACGGAGAAUCGGGACGACGCCGUGGUGAAGGACGUGGUGGACAGUCUGAGGGAGGUGGUGUUCUUCACUCAGAUCUUGAUCCCCUUCAUGAUCCUGCUGUACUGCACGGUGCACAUUGUCAACCGCCUGAAGAGGAAGACGGUGGGGGACAAGACCAAGCUGAGGAGAGCCAUGUUCCUGGUCUCCUCGGUCAUGGUGUUGUUCUCUGUUUGCUUCCUGCCCUGCACCGUGGCCAGGAUCGUUCUGCUGGUGGCCCGGGUUCAGGAGUGGAAGGAGCUCUCCGAGGACGCAGCGGCGCAGGUGUUCGACGGCCUCAUGGUCCUGUCCUUCAUCGACUGUCUGCUGGACCCCUUGGUCUACUGCUUCUGCAGCACCAAGUUCAAAAACAUUUACCUGGGCAAUUACUUUCCCUGUAUUCUGAAGAAACACGAACACCCCCUCGAGAACAGCACCUCCACAGCAAACACAAAUCCCAAACGCGAUAAUGUAAAUACGGCAUACUAGCCAAGCCCCGGGGGAAAAGACUGUUCUCAUCUAUAUGACUAUUUGGGGAAAGGAAGUAAAAAAAAAAAAGGAUGUACAGUUAGCCAAUCAUUUUAAUGCUUGCGUAACAUUGGUCGUCAUUGUUUUUUUCAUCAGACCUCUGGUUGUCAUAGUGCCGCCUGAGCAUGUAGCAAACGCAACAAUAUUAGAUUCUACCAAAGGAAGUCUGAACAAGAACCCUUCAGCUCCAGUAGAAGACGUAAGAGUUAUUUGCUGCAUUAGACGAGGGAUAACUAAAUGUAUGCUGGUGGUUAUGCUUCCAGCUUUUGCAUUUGCUUCAGAGCUCAGGGCACUUGCAAUACCAAGACAAGUUCAAACAACUAUUGGUUGUUUAGAAGGCUAUAAAACGUAUUUGUACAGAAUAUGGUCAUUUCAGCUGUUCGCUUAGGCUGCAUGGUGACAUGUCUGUGUUGUUGUGUGCAGAUGUCGUGAUUCACCACUGAUAAACCGUACAGUAACCA